AUGCACAAGAACUCACAAACUAUAUCCAAAUCGAAGCCGAAAAUCCGGAUAAUUCACAUCUUCGCGCCCGAGAUCAUCAAAACGGACGCGGAAAAUUUUAGAGAGCUCGUGCAAAGGCUCACCGGGAAGCCAACGGACGGCGAUCAAAGCAAGAGGGCGAUGAAGAGAAGUUCGCGAAGAAACGAGCAGAAAAAAUUCGGCUCAACCAAGAAGGAAUUGCAUGAAGAAUUUAGAGAGAGGAUAAAGGGAGAAGAGGAGAUUUGGAGGGUUGCAAAUUCAGGAGGAGGAUUUUUGGGUGGUUUUGGGGAUCAGUUGGAGUAUGGAUUCAUGCAUGAGCUUAACCAGUUUCCAUUUUUGGAAGGUACAACUCAAAUGGAUGCCUAUGGAGAGACAGUUCAAUCUGCUCAAUAA